AUGGCAACGCGAAUCGACAAAGAGGCUUGCAGAGAAGCAUACAAUCUGGUGCGAGACGACAGCUCAGAUAUAUGCUGGGCAUCUUUUAAGUAUGACGGCUCUACCAUCGUACCGGCUGGUCACGGGUCCGACUACGAAGAAUUCAAGAGUCAGUGCACAGUCUUCGGGUUCGUAAGGAUCACAACGGGUGAUGCCAUGAGCAAGCGCGCCAAAUUCACCCUCAUCACCUGGAUCGGCGAAAACAUCAGCGGACUGCAGAGAGCCAAGAUUAGCACUGACAAGACACUGGUAAAAGACAUCGUGCAGAACUUUGCCAAGGAGUUCAUGAUAAGUGAUCCCAGAGAGCUGGAGGAGGAAUAUCUCCUUGGCGAGCUGAAAAAACGUGGCGGGGCCAACUCACGCCAUGGGCCGAAUAGAACUUGGGGCGGGUUUUGGGGCAUUUUUGUAACUGUAGUUUUUGAAUGA